ACUCACUCUUCACUUCUCUCCAUCCCACCACUUCCCAUCUCACACACUAUCACCAUGCGUAUCUCCCUAUUGACCAUCCUUAUCCCGUCCGUACUGGCAUUCAGUAUUUCUGAUACUGUCAAAUGGGCCAACGCACUUCUAUCUUCCGAUGUCAAGUCCAAGGCUGGUCAAGUUCACACGAUGGACAGUUGGUCUUACGUUGAUUGUGGUCUCGCCACUGACGCUGUUCAACUCAAAUCUAUCUCCGUCUCACCCGAUCCUCCCGUACCAGGAAAGAACCUCACAGUGACAGUGGAAGCAGAUGUCAUUCAAGAGAUUGUUGAAGGAGCAUAUGCAGAUGUUACUGUCAAACUAGGUUUGAUCAAGUUGUUACAAAAGGAGUUUGAUGUUUGUGAAGAAGCACGAAACGCCAACGCCACCGUUCAAUGCCCAGUCCAUCCUGGUCCAUACAACGUUGCUCAAACCGUCGAAUUGCCUAAGGAAAUUCCUAAAGCCAAGUUCUCCGUUGCCGUACGAGGUUACACUGCGGAUGAUGAGGAUAUGUUGUGUUUGGAUCUCUUUGUUGAUUUUAUGAAAAGACCCGGACAGAAAUCAUAAUCCUUUUCCCAGUCGUUCCUCUCUGCCUUGCGUGCUACUUGCUCUGGCGGAACCAAGUCUCGUCGGAUCGUAUUAUCGUGAUUCAGUUAGUAUAGCAUGCCAAUGUAUUCGUUUAAAUCUUCUG